AUGGAUCUUCAGGCAGCCAUUUACUCUGGCAUGACUAGCGAUACUAGUCCGUCUGACGUCGAUGCCUUUUGCUCGGCUGACCGUUGCGAGUGGGACUCAUAUACGACAUUAGCUAUCUGCGCAUCCACCGAAGAUGUAUCGGGACGUCUUUUUGCUCGCCAAUCUGAUUCCAAUAUCACGCUUCCAGAGAUAAGGGAGGAUCCGCCUUUGGGCAAAGGUGCGAGGUCAUUUUGGACCAUCACUCAAAUCAGCGACUAUCUUUCGGCCCCGCACAUCCUUCAGUCAACAGUGACUAUUGGAGAUGUAUACAUGGUAUUCUAUCCACCCUGUGACAACCAGUCGGAAACCCGCGGUUUUGACAGGUGGCUCGAAGAGCGGAAAGACCCCAAAAACUGGAAAGCCUUUAAAGGGAGCUUUCAACCGUGUCUUCAGACUCUCAAGACCAUCUACCUCAACGCAACAACAGCAACAAAUGUCCUAGAAACGCAGGACAAUCUGAGUUGGGAAUUGAUUGGCGGCGCAUCUAGCGAUCCUUACUCGAACGGUUCCUUCUGCUACACUAGGCCUGACGGAGAGAAUGAGCAGUACUGCAUUUCAGCGAAGGACAUGCGCGAAAUUUUUGAACAGGGAAUUGGGCCCUUGUUUAAAGGCACUGGGUCGUUCGCGACGGCAGGAGACAACUACUUUAUUGGCGAUUGGAUCCCGACACUUGCGACCGACAUCAUCGGGAAUGACCCUGUUGUUUGCAGUCCUAGUGCGGGGGGCUUGCAUGGGUUCACUCGACGGCUGGACAAUAUUGCUGCCUCUUUGACCAACGCGAUGCGAACCUCCCCAAACAGCACCACCAUGCGCGGCACGGCGUGGACGCAGGAGCAGUACUUUGAGGUCACCCUCGAAUGGCUAUCGGGGCCUCUACUGGUGUACUUUAUUGUUACGAUUUUUGUAUUCACAACUAUGCUCGGUUCGCGAACGUCAGAUACGCCGAUCUGGAAGUCGUCGCCUCUGGUGCUGGCGAGGGCUAUGGACCCUACGAAUGGGAUGGGUGCAUUGGAGACGGAACGGAAGGAAGCUAAGACUACCACCGUGCAGUUGAGAUAUACGGGUGAGAAUUGGUAUUUGCAGGAGCAGGUCACGCAAAGACGUACUGUGUGA